AUGGAUCAACCAAUCAAGUUACCAUCUUUUAAUGAAAAAGAUGUAGAAUUUGCUCAAAAGAUUUUUCGACUUGGAAGAGACAAUGCCUUAAAUCUAAGGAUAACAUAUGCUAGAGCAGAAUAUCUGAAUCCAACCAUGUAUGAACGGUACCACAAUAUAUAUUUCCGUUCUCCAGAUGGCCAUGGCGAUGAUAAUGAGUAUGACAAUGGGGGGCCAGUUAUUGACUUGGGUGGAAAAGUGGUCGGAAUGGUCAAUGACCCUGAGAGAUUUGAGUCUUUUAUACCUUCUUCCAUUGUGCUCAGUUGUUUGGAUUCAUGGAGGAAAUAUCGGCAUUUCGCCCGGCCCCAUCUUGGAAUGACGUUUAAGGCCAUCGAACUUCUAGAACCUUCUCAUGUUGACAUGUUAUGGCGUAUGUAUAACAUUGAUGACGGUCUUGUUGUUCAAGAGGUGUCAAAAGGAUCUAAUGCUGAGAUACUCGGAAUCCAAAAAGGUGAUGUUAUUGAAUCUAUCAAUGGAAAACGUGUUUCUACAACAAUUGAGGUGGGUGUAUUAAUGAGGUGA